AUGGCGAGAAAAAAACAAAAUCCAUCAUCUGAUAUUGCUUCCACGUCACCUUCAUCCGCGCCGUUACGAAGAUCAAACCGGAAUUAUUCCGAACCAAAAAAACCGAAAAUUGAAGUUAAUGAUAAAAAUGUAAACGAAGAGAGCCGAUUCAUCGGUAAUCCUGUUCCUGACGAUGAAGCUCGUCGUCGAUGGCCUUAUCGCUACCUUUCAAAUGACAAGACAGUGGCUGCUGUUAGUGUGGAAGCCUCCAAAGGGACUGAGCCUCCAAAAGAGUUUAUUCAAGCAAAACGACACUUCACCGAAGCAAUUGUUGAUGGCCAUGUACAUUUUAUGUUAGGAGACUAUGCUUCCUGUGCUGGUGAGGGUGAAAGUUACAUAUGCCGAGUGGUCGAAAUGUUUGAAGAUUUGGAGAGUGCACCUAAAAUCUGUAUAAAAUGGUUUUACAGGGCCAAAGAUACGAUUAUAGGAAAGUUGUCCGACCUAAUUGACGACAAGCGCAUCUUUAUUUCGGAACUUCAGGAUGAUAACCCUCUCGAUUGCCUUAUAGAUAAACUCAAAAUAGUACGGGUACCUUUAAAUACGGAUGUGACAAUGAAACAGAAUUUGCUUUCAGAUGGCAACUACUAUUAUGACAUGUUGUAUCUGCCUUCAUAUUCGACUUACCAAAAGUUACCAUCUGAUAGCAAGGAACAUGGAAACGAAUAUGAAACAACCAUAUCAUCUAUCUGCAAUUCCAAUACAGCUGUUAUCAAAGACUUACAAGCUCAUAAUUGCAAAAGUCCAGAGGUGACAUUGCUAGACUUAUAUGCAGGUUGUGGUGCAAUGUCCACCGGGCUUUGUUUGGGUGCAAAUAUAGGCAAUGUUAAUCUUGUUGUGAGAUGGGCUGUCGAUAUAAAUGCAUAUGCUUGUGAAAGUUUGAAGUUCAAUCAUCCAGAAACAAAUGUUCGUAAUGAAUCUGCAGAAAAUUUUCUGCAGUUGUUAAAGGAGUGGGAGAAACUUUGCCACAAGUUUUCUUUAGUUAGGGGUAGUGAUUCACAGCUCGGUAGGGAUCCCGUGAGUGUUGAAAUAGAUGAGACACAUGUAGAAGACGAUGAGACUGAUGAUGACAGUGAGCUCGAUGAAGAAGUCUAUGAAGUUGAGAAAAUCUUGUCUAUCAUGUAUGGUGAUCCAAAGGAAAACGGCAACCCUGGGUUAUAUUUUAAGAUCCGUUGGAAAAGUUAUGGACCUGAAAGUGACACGUGGGAGCCUGCAGAUGGUUUGGGAGACUGUCAGAAGAAGAUAAAGGAGUUUGUAAAAGAUGGUUUGAGUUCAAAGAUUUUGCCUUUACCUGGGGAUGUGGAUGUGAUCUGUGGUGGGCCCCCGUGUCAGGGGGUAAGUGGAUUUAAUCGAUUCCGAAACAAAGACGAACCACUAGAGGAUGAAAAAAACCAACAGCUUGUGGUCUACAUGGACGUUGUUGAGCAUCUAAAACCAAAAUUGGUAUUAAUGGAGAAUGUUGUAGACAUACUUAAGUUUUCCGAUGGCUAUCUGGGAAGAUAUGCCCUUACACGUCUUAUAUCUCUAAAUUAUCAAGCUCGAAUUGGAUUGCUAGCAGCUGGCUGUUAUGGGCUUCCCCAGUUUCGAACAAGGAUGUUUUUGUGGGGUGCCAGACAUGAUCAGAAGCUACCACAGUAUCCAUUACCAACACAUAACGUGGUUUCAAGGGGAGCAUGCCCUGUGGAAUUUGCGAAAAAUGCUGUAAUUAAUGAUGAUCAAACUGAAGCUGUUCUGGAGAAGGAACUUUACCUUUGGGAUGCAAUCUCUGAUCUUCCAGCGGUGACUAAUGAUGAGAAAAAUGAUGAGGUUCCCUAUGAAGAGUUGCCUAAAACGGAGUUUCAAAAGUUUAUAAGGCUUAAAAAGGAAGAUAUGCCUGGAUAUUCAAGGGUAGAUGUGGACUCUUCAGAUCAUAUGUUGUAUGACCACCUUCCAUAUGAAUGUAACGAGGAUGAUUACCAGCGUAUUUGCCGGAUUCCUAAGGAAAAGGGUGCAAAUUUUAGGAACUUGGAGGGUGUUUGGGUCCGAGAUGACAACCAUGUCGAAUGGGAUCCCAACAUAGAAAGAGUGUGUUUAUCUUCAGGAAAGCCACUGGUUCCGGAUUAUGCCAUGACAUACGUCAAGGGAAAAUCGUCCAAACCAUUCCGCCGUCUAUGGUGGGAUGAAACUGUUCCUACAGUUGUUACCAGGCCUCAGCCCCACAACCAGGCUAUUAUUCACCCCGAGCAAGACCGUGUAUUAUCAAUUCGUGAAAAUGCGAGGCUACAAGGUUUUCCAGACCAUUAUAAACUCGUUGGCCCAGUUAAAGAAAGAUACGUCCAAGUGGGAAAUGCGGUGGCAGUUCCAGUUGCCCGAGCAUUAGGCUAUGCACUAGCCAUGUCAUGGAAAGGCACUGCCGAUGAGAAGGCAGUGUUUCAAUUGCCAAAGAAGUUUCCGAAUCUAGAGAGAGUUGCAUCCCCUAUUACCGAACAGAAUCAUUAAUUGUUAUUCCUUGAGGUCUUUUCCAAAAAAAAUCAUUAUUGUAUUUAUUGGGCCAUUGUCGAUGAACGCGGAACUGUAUAUAAUCUGAGUUAAUUACCGUCACUAGAUUGUUUUUUUUCGCC